AGGAUCCUGCGGCGGCGGCGCUACAUUCUCCUGGGCCACAGACAGCAGAGGAGAAGCAGCACAGGGACCGUCGCCUGCAGCGCUCAACAUACCUGAGGACCAUGAGGGUGUGGAUCGUCUUCCUGCUGUGCCUGGCUGGCAAAGCCCUGACCGCACCGGCUGAAGAGGAGCCAGUUGUGGAGGAGGAUCUGGAGGUGGGCACCAACCCAGUGCAGGUGGAGACCGGCGAGUUCGACGAGGCCAUCGAAGUCGUGGAGGAUGUAGUUGCCGAGAAUCCCUGCCUGAACCACCACUGUAAGAAGGGAAAGGUGUGUGAGGUCGACGACAGCAACACGCCCAUGUGCGUCUGCCAGGACCCCUCCACCUGCCCCACCUCCGCCGGGGAGUUCGAGCACGUGUGUGGCACUGACAACAAGACCUACGACUCCUCCUGCCACUUCUUCGCCUCCAAGUGCGCCCUGGAGGGCACCAAGAAGGGCCACAAGCUGCACCUGGACUACAUUGGGCCCUGCAAAUACAUCGCUCCCUGCCUGGACAACGAGCUCAGCGAGUUCCCGCUGCGCAUGAGGGACUGGCUCAAGAAUGUGCUGGUGACCCUGUACGAGCGCGACGAGGACCACAACCUGCUGACCGAGAAGCAGAAGCUCAAGGUCAAGAAGAUCUAUGAGAACGAGAAGAGGCUGCAGGCCGGAGAGCACUCCCUGGACCUGCUGGCCCACGACUUUGAGAAGAACUACAACAUGUACAUCUUCCCCGUGCACUGGCAGUUCGGCCAGCUGGACCAGCACCCCGUCGACGGGUACCUGUCCCACACCGAGCUGGCUCCCCUGCGCGCUCCUCUCAUCCCCAUGGAGCAUUGCACCACCCGCUUCUUCGAGCAGUGCGACGCCGACGCCGACAAGUACAUCGCCCUCGAGGAGUGGGCCACCUGCUUCGGCAUCAAAGAGCAGGACAUCGACAAGGACCUCAUCUUCUAAACGUCGCUCACGGGAGACUCCUCCUCUGUCCAGAUGAGGCGCUAACCCUAAAUUAAAGUGGCAAUAACGGUGCUAAUCCUUUUCUUUAACAGCCUACCUAUACCACUAAAAAUGUAAAACAGCAAAAAAAAAAAAAUUGUGCACACUUCCAAACUAACUUUCACGAUGAGACGAGCUUUCAACGCUUUCUUACUUGCUUGUGCCAGUUGAGGGAGGACGCGAGGGGCGUGGCCACUGCGGAUGGGGCGUGGUCACUACAGAACUGGGCGGGACUGGGCGGGGCAGGGUGGGGCAGGGCGGGGCUUGGUGGCUCAGCUCUGCUGCAGGAACGCGUUUGUUCUCGAGCAGCGAUGUACUUAGUGACGAGGCUUCUUCAAAAACCUGAAAAUCUGGAACGGAAUCAGGGCUUGAUAUAAAUUCCUAUUUGGCAUCAAUGAGUCAAAAAUGUACAAUUAAAAGAAAGUUUCUUAAUAAAUGUUCCUUUUUCUUGCUUUUAUAACCUUUAAGUGUUUUUUUUUUGUCUUUUGGUGGUGGGUUAACGUUUGCCGUUUUCUGUUUUAUUGGACUCAAGUGUAGGCCUGCGUGUCCGGAGGGCUGUUGGUGUGUCUUUCUGUUUUUUUGGCUCCAUGUUGCGCAGACGGGCGAAAUGUUUGCUGUUCUGGAAAAUGAAUGAAUGGAUGAAUAAAAGGAGACGGUGUUGGAACCACAAGAGAAGCGAA